GAUGCCAUGGUUAUUUUGAAUUAGGCUAACUACUUGUACCGGUAAUUGAAAUUCAAAUUUUAAGAACACAAAAGAUCAUUGUAAAAAAUUUCAAAACUCUGUAUGUAUAAAAUAAUUCGUGAAUGAGUUACUUCGAACAAACAACAGAAUAUUAUGAAAUUAGAAAAGUUUCACUAUUGAAAAGGAGAAAACAAACAGCCAAGAGCCAAGCCGAAGUGGAAAAUUUAGAUUUAUUAUUUAUUUUUAGGUUAGCUUUUUGCAUCAUCGCUUCAUCGACCAACAACCAUCGAUUAUAACAACACCGAUGCAGGUUAUAUACGAUCAUCGAUACAUCAUACAUCGAUAAUUCAAACUCAACAAAAGAAAAACUGAAACUGGCAGUGAAAUCUGGUAUCUGGAAUUUUUAGGUUAAAUGUGUUUAUUUACGUUGAAAUUUCAUUUAUGUUAAGUACUAAAAUAAAGCUGAUAAAAUAAAUUAUUGUGCAGUAAACAGUUGAUGAUUACAAUAAUCACAAAUGAUAUUAUUGACAGCUUUGUUAAAAUAAUCCUAGAAAAGAAUGACGACUAAUCAGAAACGCACCGUUUACGUUGGAGGUCUAGCCGAGGAGGUGGAUGAGAAGGUGUUACAUGCUGCCUUUAUUCCAUUCGGCGACAUUGUUGACGUGCAGAUACCUCUGGAUUAUGAAACCGAGAAGCAUAGAGGCUUCUCAUUCAUUGAAUUUGAGCUGGCUGAAGACGCAGCAGCGGCCAUUGAUAAUAUGAAUGAUUCUGAACUAUUUGGAAGAACAAUCCGAGUGAACUUGGCCAAGCCGCAAAAAAUCAAAGAGGGAUCGUCGAGAGCCGUCUGGUCAGAGGACACUUGGCUGCAGGAGCAUGCCGGCGAAACACUCCAAACCAACGACUCCACUACCAAACAUACAGAAGAGAGUCAAAAUGGGAAAAAGAAGCAGAAGAAUCCUCAGGUGUAUUUCGACAUAACGAUAGGCAAGCAGAAUAUUGGACGUAUUAUAAUGAUGUUGAGGCCUGAUAUUGUUCCGAAAACAGCCGAGAACUUCAGAUGUCUGUGCACUCAUGAAAAGGGAUUCGGAUACCAAGGAAGCAUUUUCCAUCGCAUCAUACCGGAUUUUAUGUGUCAAGGCGGAGAUUUCACCAAUCACAACGGGACGGGAGGUCGAUCCAUUUAUGGAAAGAAAUUUGAAGACGAAAAUUUUACAUUGAAACACACUGGACCCGGAAUUUUGUCGAUGGCCAACUCUGGGCCCAACACCAAUGGUUCACAGUUUUUCAUCUGCAAUGCCCGAACGGAAUGGUUGGACGAUAAACAUGUUGUUUUUGGUCAUGUGAUUAGCGGUUUAGAUGUUCUUAAAAAAAUGGAGAAAUGUGGGACUAAAGCAGGUCUUCCAACAGAAAAAGUGACAAUAUCUUCGUGUGGUGAACUGGUUUGAAUGAUUAUAAGUGUUAUACAUUUCUAUUUAUUUUACUAUCCAUUUUUUAUUAUGAAAACAGAUAAGUUUUGAAAUCACA